GACAUCAAAGAAUGGCCAGAAAUUUUGACUCUGCAGCUGAAGAGAUUUGAGAUGACCCUCACAAAAACUGAAUUUUAUUUCUGGAAAAAUGAAUGCAAAGUUGAGAUUUCUUCAAAUAUUCAGCUAGAUUCUUUAAAGUGUGGACCUUCUCCAAACUAUGAGCUGUAUGUCAUCAUUAACCACCAUGGUUCAUAUGUUAGCGGCCAUUAUGAUGCUCUCAUCAAGGAUGACAGUGAUAACUGGUAUCAUUUUGAUGAUCACAGUGUUCAAAAGAUGCAUCAUACAGACAACCUCAUUGGCAGAUCUCAGUCAGCAUACUUGCUGAUGUACAGAACAGUCAAAGUCAAGAAUGACGAUUUGAAAGCAGGAGAGUCUGCUACAGCAAACUACAGACUACAGACAAAUACCAGUGAAGGCAAAAGUAGGAUUGUCGACAUGUUAGACAAAACAAAAAAGAAGGAUCUUGAAAGAAAGAACAACCCUGGACAAGCACAGGUGAAUAAGUCAAAGGAGCCUGGACAAGCACAGGUGAACAAGUCAAAGGAGCCUGGACAAGCACAGGUGCUUGAGAACAAACCUGCUGACGCUGAGUUGAGAUCUUGUCAUAUUAAAGAGGAAGGCUGUGCUGUUCUGAAUUCAGCUCUGAGAUCAAACCCAUCACAUCUAAGAGAACUGGACCUGAGUCAGAAUGACAUUAGAGAUUCUGGAGUGAAACAGCUUUCAGAACUACUGAAACAUCCUCAGUGUGAGCUGGAGAAACUGUGGUUGAGAUCUUGUGGUAUGCGCGAGAUUGGUUGUACUGAUCUGAGUUCAGCUCUGAGAUCAAACCCGUCACAUCUAAGAGAACUGGACCUGAGUCAGAAUGACAUUAGAGAUUCAGGAGUGAAACGGCUUUCAUAUCUACUACAGGAUCCUCGCUGGAAACUGGAGAAACUGUGGUUGAGAUCUUGUCAUAUUAAAGAGGAAGGAUGUGCUGUUCUGAGUUCAGCUCUGAGAUCAAACCCCUCACACCUAAGAGAGCUGGACUUAAGUGACAAUUUAAUUACCAAUAGUGGAGUUAAUUGGCUUUCAGAUCUACUGAACCAUCCUCGGUGUGAGCUGGAGAAACUGUGGUUGAGAUCUUGUGGUAUGUGCGAGAUUGGUUGUACUGAUCUGUGUUCAGCUCUGAGAUCAAACCCAUCACAUCUAAGAGAACUGGACCUGAGUCAGAAUGACAUUAGAGAUUCAGGAGUGAAACAGCUUUCAGAUCUACUGAAACAUCAUUACUGUAAACUGCAGAAACUGUGGUUGAGAUCUUGUGGUAUGUGCGAGAUUGGUUGUACUGUUCUGAGUUCAGCUCUGAGAUCAAACCCGUCACAUCUAAGAGAACUGGACCUGAGUCAGAAUGACAUUAGAGAUUCAGGAGUGAAACAGCUUUCAGAACUACUGAAACAUCAUAACUGUAAACUGCAGAAACUGUGGUUGAGAUCUUGUGGUAUGUGCGAGAUUGGUUGUACUGAUCUGAGUUCAGCUCUGAGAUCAAACCCGUCACAUCUAAGAGAACUGGACCUGAGUCAGAAUGACAUUAGAGAUUCAGGAGUGAAACAGCUUUCAGAACUACUGAAACAUUCUCAAUGUGAGCUAGAGAAACUGUGGUUGAGAUCUUGUGGUAUGCGCGAGAUUGGUUGUACUGAUCUGUGUUCAGCUCUGAGUUCAAACCCGUCACAUCUAAGAGAACUGGACCUGAGUCAGAAUGACAUUAGAGAUUCAGGAGUGAAACAGCUUUCAUAUCUACUACAGGAUCCUCGCUGGAAACUGGAGAAACUGUGCCUGAAGUCCAGCUAUAUCAGAUAUACAUACUAUGAUGCCCCAAGCUCAGACAAUGUAUAUCAGAGAGAGAACAACACAGAAGAACUGGUGACCAGUUUCAGAAAACUUCAUGUUUAAGAAAGCAUUUAAUAGGAUAUAUGUAAAUCGCACCUGUUUCUCAUUAUGGAUUGCCAUGUGCAUCCUGUUCUCACACCCGAAGCAUUAAAUACUGAAGCUAAGUGGCUUACACUGCCAGUCUAAGCCCAGGGCAGUCUCACACGGGAGGCUUUCAGAAGAUUUCAUCAGAAGCUCGGAAGUCUUUGGAUAUUAUUGUGUGUUUAACCGCAAUAUGUUUGAUUGUAUUUAAAAAAUAUUUGGUUAAGUGACAUUAUACUAUCAUGUGCUGUAGAUAUUUUGGAUCCCCUAAACCUAACACUUCUCAACAAUACAAAACAAGUAACAGGCAGAUAAAUUUACAGCCACAAUAACAAUAAUAUAUAGAUAUUUUUGGCACCUAAACCAGGGUAUGAAACAAACUCUUUUGCCCACCUGCCAAAGUGGCGUGUGGAUGCCCAUUUCACCAGCAAGGUCAUUUUUUUUACCAACCAUAUAUAGAAUUUUUACAAAAAAUAUAUAUAUAAUUUUAACAAUGUAUAUAACAUACUGUAUGCCUAAUUAUUAUUAUCAUUAUUAUACAUUUGCAACAUGCAAUUGGAGGCUAAAGAGCAAGCACAGAAGAUAAACUGCUUGUUCAAACAUCAUUUUUGAGGUUGUGAUUUAUGAUGUAACACAUGACAAUUCACCUGUAGCCCAAUGUUGUUGCAUGUUAUUUGCUUUGUAUGGUAACAUACACAGCCACAAAUAUUUGGAAUUAGGCAAUGUCAAAAUGGAGAGCUUGGAGAGUUGCAUUCACAGUGCAUACUGUUCAAAACCUGCAUUGCUUUGAGAAAAUAAAGCAAUCUAAACUUCCAAGCACCUUCCGAGAUGGUUUGAGAUCAUAUGCACCAUUCUUAUAUACAACACUAUUCAUGCAAACUGUUUUCAGAUGACUAAAAACAGAGGGAAAAAAAGUGAAAACUCUUCACAUGCGCAGGUUCCACAAGACACCAUUGCAGCUAAACAAAUAGCAAAUUAGACUUUUUCAUAAUUUCUUAAAUAUAAUCAAUUGUCUUUGUGUCUAAUGACAUUUCUUGUCAUGUGUCACUGUGAGACGUCUCACAGGUCACCUGCCACAGUGUCAGGUCGAUGAGCAAAGUUACCCGCAACAGCGCAUGAAAUACCUGCAUUUGGCGGGUGGCAGAUGCUAAUUUCAUACCCUGAUCUAACCCCACUCCUACGCCUAAACCUUACCACUUCUCAGCUGUAGAAAUAAGUAACAGGCAGAUAUAUGUACAGUAACAACAUAUGAAUUUUUUUAAAUUACAAGAAAAAAAAAAAACAGCACCUUAAACAUAUUCCAAACAACUUCUGCUGCAUUAAAGUCCUCUGAAGUGAUAACUAUGUGUGAGGAACAAAGUAAAACUGAGGGUUUUGAUUGUAAAAAUGUUCCUCUCCGUGAAUACAGUUAUAUCCAAGGAGCUCUAAAAUACAGGCCAUAUCUCAUUCAUAAGAUAAAUUAUUUUAGACUUUGGCAUGUUGCAGUCAGUCAAGACAUGCGAGAGCCAAUGGCAUUUGACGUCACCGACAUCAAACCGGUUUCAUAAUGCUUCUUGAGGUGGCAAUUGUAUUUGUUAUGGUGGAUGGAGAUUAUCACAGAAUACAGACUUAAAUUUGGGUCUGUUCCUCACAAAGCAAUUGCAUGGCCUUAAAAGACUUGGAAUGCAGCACGAGUCCUUUGGAACACUUUUAUUGUUAUUUAAAAAAAAAUUAUUGACUACUGUGGACUCUGUGCAGGGCAGCUAGCCUACAUAUUUUUGGUAAAGUCUCGGGGCGAUAUUGAACUUCCGGUAGUGUAUUCAGCCACCUUAAAACUGUCAAAAGAGUUGCAGCAAACUACUCUUUUUUUCUAAAAUAAAACAUUGUAUCAUAACAAAUGCAAUAAUUAUAUAGUAAAAGUAUACAAAUAAUCUAAUUAAUGACCUCCAAUAAGUUUAAAUAUAUACCACUUGAAGCUUGAAGAACGGAAAAGUGUGUGCAAAGUGUUCAAAUUACACUUACAUCCAGCAGUUGCAGUGGUUUACAUGCGAGGAAUACAACAACACAAGCAAUCCAUGUGCAUAGAAAGCACAAACCGUUUUAGAGCUAGAGUCAUCUUGACCUCAUAGGAAUAAAGUUACCUCAGUGCUACGCUAGAUGCAAGUACACCACCUGAGGCAAAACACGGAAGCAACCGCGUGUAGAGUCUAUUAUCUGCAUUUAAAAUAUUUUAUAUUGUUGAAAAGAGGUUUGGUUAGGAGAUAAGGGUGGGGUUAGGCACUAUAGGCACAAUAAUUUUACUAGCACUACACUAUUGUAUCAGUAUUUUUGUGGCUGACUGUUUAAAUUAAAUAUAAACAAACAUAACAUGUCAUGAAGACAAAAUGAUGCCCCGACAUGAUUACAUGAUUCAUGAGAAUAUGAUUUCAUUAUAAAAUGCACAUCAUGUCAGUCUACUGACACCAAAGUUUUCCGACCAUGUUGCAAUGAAGACGUUAGGAUGUGCAUUUAUGAGUUACAUUCGUGUCACAAUUCUGCAAGUGCAAGAUGAUAUUUUUAGGGUUCAAAAAUUUUCUGUUCACAUUCAAAUACAUUUUAUUUGAGUGCAAAAAUUAUCUUUGUGCUCUCAAAACAUUGAAUGCACAGAACUUUUUUGUGUGCUCAAAAAUAUAAUUCGGUUCACUCAAAAUAUCAUCUUACGUGCACAGAAAAUGUUUGUGCGCUCAAUAUCAUCCAAUGUGCACAAAAUAAAAUCUUGAGCGCACAACUUUUUUUGUACUCUCAAAUAUCCAUUUGCGCACUCAAAAUGUAAUCUUGCGCUAGCACAAUUGUGGCACAAAUAUAACUUCAUAUGCUUUUGGCAUCUACACUGGCAGCCAAAAGUUUGUGAUAAUGUACAGAUUUUGCUCUUAUGGAAAGAAAUUGGUACUAUUAUUCACCAAAGUGGCAUUCAGCUGAUCACAAUGUAUAGUCAGGACAUUAAUAACGUGAAAAAUUACUAUUACAAUUUGAAUAAAAUGUUCAGAACUUCUUAAACUACUUCAAAGAGUUCUCAUCAAAAAAUCCUCCACGUGCAGCAAUGACAGCUUUGCAGAUCCUUGUUAUUCUAGCUGUCAGUUUGUCCAGAUACUCAGGUGACAUUUCACCCCACACUUCCUGUAGCACUUGCCAUAGAUGUGGCUGUCUUGUCGGGCACUUCUCACACACCUUACAGUCUAGCUGAUCCCACAAAAGCUCAAUGGGGUUAAGAUCCAUAACACUCUUUUCCAAUUAUCUGUUGUCCAAUGUCUGUGUUUCUUUGUCCACUCUAACCUUUUCUUUUUGUUUUUCUGUUUCAAAAGUGGCUUUUUCUUUGCAAUUCUUCCCAUAAGGCCUGCACCCCUGAGUCUUCUCUUUACUGUUGUACAUGAAACUGGUGUUGAGCGGGUAGAAUUCAAUGAAGCUGUCAGCUGAGGACAUGUGAGGCGUCUAUUUCUCAAACUAGAGACUCUGAUGUACUUAUCCUCUUGUUUAGUUGUACAUCUGGUCUUCCACAUCUCUUUCUGUCCUUGUUAGAGCCAGUUGUCCUUUGUCUUUGAAGACUGUAGUGUACACCUUUGUAUGAAAUGAGUUUUUUGGCAAUUUCAAGCAAUGUAUAUCCUUCAUACCUCAAAACAAUGAUUGACUGACGAGUUUCUAGAGAAAGUUGUUUCUUUUUUGCCAUUUUUGACCUAAUAUUGACCUUAAGACAUGCCAGUCUAUUGCAUACUGUGGCAACUCAAAAACAAACACAAAGACAAUGUUAAGCUUCAUUUAAUUAACCAAAUAGCUUUCAACUGUGUUUGAUAUAAUGGCAAGUGAUUUUCUAGUACCAAAUGAUCAAUUUAUCAUGAUUACUCAAGGAUAAGGUGUUGGAGUGAUGGCUGCUGUCUAGAUUUGAUCAAAAAUGACUUUUUUCAAAUAGUGAUGGUGCUGUUUUUUACAUCAGUAAUGUCCUGACUAUACUGUGUGAUCAGUUGAAUGCCACUUUGGUGAAUUUCCUUCCGAAAUAGCAAAAUUUGUACAUUAUUACAAACUUUUGGCCACCAGUGUAAAUAGUGAUGGGCAAGGCUUGUGUACAAGCUGCAUUAUUUGACGCCUUGGGAGUGAGAACAGUUUGGCAUGUGUGAACUCAGCACUAAACAUAAAAGGCUUAAGAUUCGUUUAUUUGUUUCUUUGUUUCAAUCAGAAAAAAAGUGUAACUUGAUGUGAUCUUAUAUAAUUGGCUGUUAAACAUCUAUCCAACAAUAUGUUUGUUAUUUUCCUAAUGCAUAUGAAGAUUGUCUUUCAAAAACACCAAAAUCAGUUGUGCUGCAUUUAAUAAACAUUUUAAUACUAUUUAAAUUCUAUAUACAGGAUAUGGAUCUUUUACAUUACACUUAUUCUUGAUAUACUGUGUGAAAAUAAAUAAAUCAUAACAAAUAAAUAAAUGCAAUGUA